AUGCAUGAAAGAAACCCUCUCCAAGUGCAAUUUGCGCCAGUGAACCAGCGACAGCGCCGGCUACCGCUGGUUCUCAUCCACGACGGAGGCGGCACCACCUUCACAUACUUUCUCCUCGAAAGCUUGCAUCGUGAUGUUUGGGCUAUUCAUAACCCUCAUUACCAUACAGGAGACACUUGGCCGGGGGGCAUGGAGCAAAUGGCACGCCAUUACAUCGGCCUGAUGCUUAUGGCUGGCCUUAGCGGUCCCAUAAUGUUGGGAGUGGAGACAUCGAAUCCUGACCUUGGCGACAUUCCGGAGCUCGUGCAAAAGUGCUUUGACAACUGCAACGGUCUGCUUGACACAUGGAAGUUGCUGCCCUGGGACAAGCCCGUAUGCGACGGCAGGGAUGUGUGCGUGUCCGUAGACGGCGAAAAAUUUCGUCUGCAAAAUGACGAGGUCCUCUACAAGCCCAUUAACGACCGGUGGCAGACCUUGGAGACGCGGACAUUCGACGGAGUCCAGAUGCCGUUGCGCCAGCCCAUAUCUCCGCCGCCAGGUGUCCUCAUAAAGUGCGUGCAACGCGUACCGGUGAAGGGCAGCACGACUGAUCCAGUGCAAGUUGACCUGGACCGUGAUGAGCCUCUUCUGGGCUGGGAGGGUAACCACCCCGAGUUUCUCAAGGCCGUAAUUGAAGCGGAUGCGCAUCAUUUCAACGUAUUCCAAUUUUCAAAUAUCACACAAGUCACAAAGCAGAUCAAUGAAGGGUUGGAGGUUUUGGAUAGCCUUAACGUUUCCGAGCCUGUGAUCUAUGUUUGA